GGCUCCUAGAGCGCCUGCGCAGCCGGUGGGGCUGCCAGGAAGAACCGCAGGGCGGAAGCCUGCACCCCCGGAGCCCAGGAGCCCAGGAGAGCGCGUGCAAGGCGAAAAGAAAGUGAAUGCGCUGUUGAAUUGUGGGAGCUGGAUGAGAAUGGAACACUCAUUGUCAGCACGUUCUGCAAGUAUGAGCACAUGGCUGUUGUGUCCACACGUCAAAGUUUGGAACCUCGUUUAACAGAUGGUUUUGCAUUCAUAUGAAGGCUCCUGGACUCCAUCAGUGCGAUGACCUGCAGUCUUCAUAGAGGUUGGGGCACUGGCCGAGAACACAACAGCCCCCCCUGCCAGGGUUCCACUGACCGUAGAGCAUUUGCCUACUUUAGCACUGUAAGGAACUUGCCAUGAGAAUAUCGGUGAGAUGAUGGAGCACCUGCUGAGCAGCUCCUCAUGAGGUUCCCCACGAGGACAGAGCGGACGCCUCACUUCUUCAGAUGUGUCUGUGGAACAUCCCCCUCAGGACAAGGUCUACUGGGACCCACAACCAGGAAGCUGGUCUACCAUGAGGCUUGGCUGUUCUACUGCAGGUGCGACUAGGCUCAGCCUAUAAGCUAGUGUGCUAUUUUACCAACUGGUCUCAAUAUCGACCAGACCCAGCCAAGUUCUUUCCCAAGGAUGUGGACCCAUGUCUCUGCACACACUUGAUAUAUGCCUUCGCCACCAUGAAUGACAACAAGAUUGCUCCUUAUGAAUGGAAUGAUAUUGAUGUUCUGUAUCCUCAGUUCCUAGCCCUGAAAGAACGCAACAAAGAUCUGGUCAACUUGUUGGCCAUUGGUGGCUGGAACUUUGGCACUCAGAAAUUCACCACCAUGGUCUCCACAGCUGCCAACCGCAAAAUCUUCAUCUGCUCUGUCAUUGACUUCCUUCGUCAACAUGGAUUUGAUGGUAUUGACUUGGAUUUUGAAUAUCCAGGGUCUCGGGGAAGCCCACCUGAGGACAAACAGCGAUUUACCAUCUUGAUUAAGGAAAUGCUAACAGCUUUUGAUGAAGAGGCUAAAAAUACAGGACGCCCCAGACUGCUGAUCACAGCAGCUGUAUCUGCUGGCAAAGGAACCAUUGAUGCAGGAUAUGAAAUUGCAGAGAUUGGGAAGCUCCUUGAUUUCAUCAGUGUGAUGACCUAUGACUUCCACGGUGGCUGGGAUACAUGUACAGGGCACAACAGUCCGCUGCAUGUGGGAUCCAAGGAUGAAGGCGACAUGCGUUAUUUCAACUGUGAAUUUGCCAUGAAGUACUGGAGAGCCAACGGGGUCCCUUCAGAGAAGCUCCUCAUGGGGUUCCCCACCUAUGGGAGGACUUUCCGGCUCAGCACUUCUGACACCUCUGUCUGUGCCCCAGUCUCUGGAGCAGGGUCAUCUGGGCCAUACACACGUGAGGCUGGCUUCUGGGCUUCCUAUGAGGUCUGCACAUUCCUAAAUGGAGCCACAAAAGUCUGGAUUGAAGACCAAAAAGUCCCAUAUGCUUAUAAAGACACUGAGUGGGUUGGUUAUGACAAUAUUGAGAGCUAUGGAUAUAAGGUUGACUUUCUUAAGGAGAACAAUCUUGGUGGGGCCAUGGUUUGGGCCAUUGAUCUGGAUGACUUCUCAGGCUCCUUCUGUAAUGAGGGCAAAUAUCCACUCAUAAGCAAGCUGAAGUCACUCCUGGGUCUGUCCUCAGAAUGUACUCCACCAGCCACCAAGACCUGGUAUAACCAACUAGUGACACCCAGAAGUGAAGGUUUCUGUGCCGAUGUUGGUGGAGAUGGCGGCAGUGGUGGAGAAAGUGGUGGCGAUGGAGGCAGUGGAGGAGGAGGAGGAGAAGGCGGUGGUGAUGGAGGCAGUGGAGGAGACGACGGUUUCUGUACUGGGAAAGCAGAUGGCAUUUACAGUGAUCCUAAAGACAGCACCAAGUACUACCAGUGUGCUGGAGGCAGAACCUUCCACUUCCAGUGUGCCCAGGGUCUGGUGUUUGACGAGAACUGCAAGUGUUGUAAUUGGCCUUCAAUUUAAAGUGUUGGCAAAAUGCUGCUUUGUCAUAGAUUCUCUUGAACUGCAUUCAGACUACCUCUUCCAAUUUUCCAAGUAGGCCAUGAAUGAUACCAAUCUGAUUGUAAACACCCUCCCUUACUAAAACAGCCUUAUGACUAGGCUUUACUCCAUUAAAACCUUAAAAAAAAAAGUCGUAAGCCCCUGAAACCAAUUCCAUAUAUAAAAUAAAUAUGACACGGCAUGUUUUA